AUGUCAUUAUGCGCUCAUCCGAAUGUGGUGAGCUACCAUACAUCGUUCGUUGUCGGUGAGGAACUAUGGGUAGUAAUGCGACUAUUGAAUAGUGGCUCAAUGUUGGACAUACUAAAAAGGAAAAUAAAGGCAAUUGGUAAAGAACAGGCUAUGUAUGGAGUGCUAGAUGAGACAACGAUUGCUACUGUUUUACGUGAAGUACUAAAAGGUCUUGACUAUUUCCAUUCUAGCGGACAGAUUCAUCGCGACAUCAAGGCGGGUAAUAUUCUUAUUUCGGAUGAUGGUACUGUGCAAAUAGCUGAUUUUGGUGUGUCUGGUUGGCUAGCUUCUUCAGGCGGUGAUCUUUCUCGUCAGAAGGUUCGUCACACAUUCGUCGGCACACCUUGCUGGAUGGCUCCAGAAGUGAUGGAACAAGUUCAAGGAUACGACUUUAAAGCCGACAUUUGGAGUUUGGGUAUUCUGGCUAUUGAACUUGCUACGGGAACCGCACCAUAUCAUAAAUUUCCACCAAUGAAGGUGUUGAUGCUCACUCUGCAAAAUGAUCCACCUACUCUGGAAACGAACGCUGAACGUAAAGAUCAGUAUAAAGCCUAUGGCAAAUCGUUUCGCGCUUUAAUCAAGGACUGUCUUCAGAAGGAUCCGACAAAGCGUCCAACCGCUUCGGAGCUUCUGAAAUAUUCGUUCUUCAAGAAAGCUAAAGAUAAGAAGUAUCUAGUUCACUCGCUCAUAGAGAAUCUUGCUGCUGUACCAGUGAUUAGUCAUCAUAAUGCGAAGAAGGUUGUUUAUUCUUCGUGUUAUUAUUCUUUAUUCACAAAUGAGCUGACGUUUCGGCGGAUU